AUGGACUUCUUCGAGAAGUACGUAAUUGGAAUACGCCUUGAUGGUUACGAAGUGUGGAAAACAGAGAUUUCAGAAAAAUACAAGCAGUUGUCAAAUGAGGAACGUGCUGCCUUAUUUCUCCUCCUUUGCAGUAAUGAUAAUACCUUUAUCCUAGAAAGCACAGACACUUUUACAACAAGAGUACUUGAAAUUUGUGGGACAAAACUUAUUUUAAAGAGCAUAACCGAAAGCAUUCAGACAUUGCAAUCCAAAGGGUUCGUUUUCAUUAAAGACAAAAAAGUGACAUUUGCGUCAGAUGGCGUCCAAGACGAAACAAUGUUUGAUUACUUACACACAUGUUGGAAGAGAAGGAAAACUGAUUUUCAAGAAAUGGUCAUGUUUAAAGACAUAAGAAAGAGGAAAAAUUGUCUCUUUUGUCCCUUUAUUGAGGGACAAUUACUUAAAGUGUCGCUAGAGAGCUCUGUGAAAUAUUUUAGAUCUCAAAGUUACCGGAAAGGGAAAUUUGUCCGCUGUUUCACUUUAAAAGAAUACAGAAGAACCUUUGGGACGUACGCGUCUUUAUAA